AUGGCCAGUAUUGAUUUAACAAUAGGCGUUAUCUUCUUAAUGCAGAUGGUGGUUGGAAUCUUGGGGAAUUUCUCACUCCUUUGCCAUCAUAUCAUCCUUCACUUCACUGGCUCCAGGUUAAGGUCCACGGAUCUGAUUCUUAACCACCUGAUUGUGGCCAACUCCUUGGUCCUCCUCUGUAAAGGGGUCCCCCAGACAAUGGCAGUGUUUGGAUGGAAGCAUAUCCGCAGUGAUUUUGGCUGCAAACUUCUCUUCUUUUUGCACAGAGUGGGGAGGGGAGUGUCCAUCGGUAGCAUCUGCCUCUUGAGUGUCUUUCAGGUGGUCACGAUCAGUCCAUGGAGCUCCAGGUGUGCAGCGCUGAAAGUUAAAACUCCUAAGCACAUCGUUCCCUCUGUUUUCCUGUAUUGGAUCCUGCAAAUGCUGGUAAAUUUCAUUUUUCCUCUACAUAUAAAUGGCAAAUGGAAUGACAAAAACAACGCAAACAAGAAGGAUUUUGGAUACUGUUCUAUUCAUCCUGACAAAAUCCAACAGUCAUUGUCUGCAGCACUGCUAUCACUCCCUGAUGUUCUAUGUUUGGGGCUCAUGCUCUGGGCCAGCAGCUUCAUGGUUUUCAGCCUGUACAGACAUAAGCAUCGUGUCCAACACAUUCGUAGGACCCAUAGCCCCACCAAAUUCUCCCCUGAGACCAGAACUACCAAAACCAUCCUUCUCCUGGUGAGCACUUUUGUCUAUUUUUAUAAUCUUUCCUCCAUUUUUCAACUCAUGAUGGCUCGUUUUGAUUAUCCCAGCUGGUUCCUUGUGAACAUCACGGUAAUCUUGGCUUUGUAUGUCCCAACUGUCACUCCCUUUCUGCUCAUGAGCUGUGACUAUAAUGUACACAGGCUCUAUUUUGCCUGGAUAAGGAAUACAAAGUCCCCUACUAUUAUGAGAAAUGUGUGA